AGGCGCGCGGUGACGCCUCGGCAAGGCCGGAAGGAGCGCAGCGGCGGCCUCGGCGGCGGCAACCAGGCUGUCGCGGCCGCUCCUGCUGACUGGAAACCGCGGCGACAGAAGACCCAGAGCCUGCCUCGCGAGCCGGCGAGUCGAGUGGCGAGUGGUCGCCAUGUAUAGAUAUUAGCAAGCACAUAGGUGUACGUCUGCGUUGGAAAAUGGCAGAGGGAAACAACAAUGAAGAGGUGAUUCACUUAAACAAUUUCCACUGCCACCGGGGACAAGACUGGAUCAAUCUCAGAGAUGGACCCAUCACCAUAUCUGACUCCUCUGAUGAGGAAGGGGUUCCAAUGCUGGUCACCCCAGCUCCUCAGCAACAUGAUGAAGAGGACCUGGAUGAUGAUGUCAUCCUGGCAGAAACAUACAAACCUCAGACAUCACGACCCAAUCUCAUCAAACCAGCUGCCCAGUGGCAAGAUCUCAAAAGAUUGGGAGAAGAAAGGCCUAAAAAAUCUAGAGCAGCCUUUGAAUCAGAUACGAAUGGCUAUUUUCCCGUGUAUAACAGCUCAUUGUUUGGUUCUGGGACACAGGAUGAUUCUGAGGAUGACUACGGUGAAUUUCUAGAUCUUGGGCCUCCUGGAGUUUCUGGAUUCAUGAAGCCAAGUGGCCAAACAGAAAGAGAACCUAAGCCCGGACCAAGUCACAACCAAGCAACCAAUGACCUCAUCAACCCCAGAUCAGAGCAGAAAGUCAUUAUCUUAAAAGAAGGUAAUCUUUUUCCAGAAGCUGAUCCUUUGGACACUCAGAACCAGUCAUCUGAAGAGUCAGAGACAGAGCUUUUAUCCAACCUCGGAGAAUCAUCUGAUAUCCUUGAUGACCAGGCCAUUGAAGAAGACUGCUGGUUAGACCACCCUUACUUCCAGUCUCUGAACCAGCAGCCCCGUGAGGUACCAAGCCAGGUUGUACCUCAGGAGCGGCGUCCAGAAGCAGAGCUGGGCCCACUGCUAUAUCAGCAUGAGCCCCGGGGAUCAGCUUUUCCAAGACCGGCGUUUGCGAGACCGGAGCCCCAGCAGGAUUGGAUUCCAGACCCUGCUUCUCCUCGGCCUGCCCAUCCUCUGGGAGAGCUUGAAGACCAACAACUAGGAAUAGAUGAAGAAGAGCCAGGCCCAGCAUUUCCACUAGAAGAAACUCAGGAGCCCAAUUUGGAAAACCUUUGGGGGCAAGAAGCUUCUGACGUAGACCAGGAACUCAUUGCACUGUUGGUGAAAGAGACAGAAGUAAGAUUUCCUGAUGUAGCAAAUGGGUAUGUUGAGGAAAUAAUUCAUUUGAAGAAUUACUAUGAUUUGAAUGUACUUUGUAAUUUUCUUCUGGAAAAUCCAGAUUAUCCAAAGAGAGAAGACAGAAUCCUUAUGAAUCCCAACAGCAGCCUGCUUGCCAGCCAAGAUGAGAUGAAGUUGCCUACAGUAGACUUUUUUGACUAUUCUAAAUUGGCUCCUCUUGACCAGCGCUGCUUCAUCCAAGCUGCCGACCUCCUGAUGGCCGACUUCAAAAUGCUUAGCAGUCAGGACAUCAAGUGGGCCCUGCAUGAGCUCAAAGGACACUAUGCAAUCACCCGAAAGGCCUUUUCUGACGCCAUUAAAAAAUGGCAGGAGCUAUCGCCAGAAACCAGUGGAAAAAGAAAAAAGAGAAAAGAAAUGAAUCAGUAUUCUUACAUAGAUUUCAAAUUUGAACAAGGUGACAAAAAAAUAGAGAAGAGGAUGUUCUUUCUGGAAAAUAAGCGGCGACAUUGUAGGUCCUAUGACCGGCGUGCCCUCCUUCCAGCUGUGCAGCAGGAGCAGGAGUUCUACGAGCAGAAAAUCAAAGAGAUGGCAGAGCAUGAAGACUUUUUGCUUGCCCUGCAGAUGAAUGAAGAACAGUAUCAAAAGGAUGGCCAGCUGAUUGAGUGUCGCUGCUGCUAUGGGGAGUUCCCAUUCGAGGAGCUGACGCAGUGUGCUGAUGCUCACUUAUUCUGCAAAGAGUGUCUCAUCAGAUACGCCCAAGAGGCAGUCUUUGGAUCUGGAAAGUCAGAGCUCAGCUGCAUGGAGGGCAGCUGCACGUGCUCAUUCCCAGCCAGUGAACUGGAGAAGGUGCUUCCCCAGACCAUCCUGUAUAAAUACUAUGAGCGAAAAGCAGAGGAAGAAGUCGCAGCAGCCUACGCUGAUGAGCUUGUCAGGUGCCCCUCCUGCAGCUUUCCUGCUCUGUUGGACAGUGACGUGAAGAGGUUCAGUUGUCCGAAUCCUCGCUGUCGAAAGGAAACCUGUAGGAAGUGUCAAGGACUCUGGAAAGAGCACAACGGCCUCACUUGUGAGGAGCUGGCUGAAAAAGAUGACAUCAAGUACCGAACGUCUAUUGAAGAAAAAAUGACUGCUGCCCGCAUUAGGAAAUGCCACAAGUGUGGGACCGGCCUCAUCAAAUCCGAAGGCUGCAACCGCAUGUCCUGCCGCUGCGGGGCCCAGAUGUGCUACCUCUGCCGCGUGUCCAUCAGUGGCUAUGACCACUUCUGCCAGCACCCUCGCUCCCCAGGAGCCCCCUGCCAGGAGUGUUCCCGAUGCUCUCUCUGGACCGACCCCACUGAAGAUGACGAGAAGCUAAUUGAGGAAAUCCAGAAGGAGGCUGAAGAGGAACAGAAAAGAAAGAAUGGAGAGAACACCUUCAAACGCAUCGGACCCCCCUUGGAGAAGCCCCCCGAGAAAGUGCAGAGGACCGAGGCCCUGCCAAGGCCCGUGCCCCAGAACCUGCACCAGCCGCAGAUACCCCCCUACGCCUUCGUGCACCCGCCCUUCCCCCUGCCGCCCGUCCGGCCCGUGUUCAACAACUUCCCCCUCAACAUGGGCCCCAUCCCGGCACCCUACGUGCCACCCCUGCCCAAUAUGCGCGUCAACUACGAAUUUGCCCCCGUCCACGUGCCCCUGGAGCACAACCUGCCCAUGCACUUUGGCCCCCAGCCUCGGCAUCGCUUCUGAUGCCUGGGCCCUGCCCCCGCCCAGGCCGUUGGCUGUGCCGGGCCUGCCAGGUAGGGGUGGUGGACUUGGCUCUCGGGAGGGUGGGCAGAGUUUCUUCUGGGAAGGGCCACCGCUCCUUCAAGAGCGACCAGCCGGUUUUGGUACCCUGUGGGUGCCCAUGAGGAUUGGUCUGGCACUCGGGGCAGAGAUUAGGGGCAGCAAAGCCCUCUUCCUAAAGAGUCCUGCCGUUCUAGCUGCCAGGUGGGGGCCCUGGCCACAGGGCCCCCACCUGCCACUCAUAUCCCUGCAGGAGUAGAUGCAGGGAAAUGUUUGCCUCCAGCCCCAGCCCCUGGCAGACAACAGAAGUCUCUCAGUUAAAAACCAUGUAAGCCUUCCUCGCCGCAGCAGCAUGACCCAUAAUAAAGUGAAGUAACAGCGCAGUUCGGAGAGCCGCGACACUGGACCCGGGUCCAGCGGGCCUGGUUCUCCCGUCCCCCGCUCUGAGGCCCACCCAGCGUGAGGUGCGCCCCGCCGCCCUGACCAGUUGCUCCCAGUGAGGGGGUGACUGAGUAAUGUUCACAAGCCUGGGAGCACCGCUUGGGGGGAAGCUGUGGACUGUGUCCCCCAGGCCCCCGCUGCCACGGGGCUUCCAGGGUCUCCCCUCUUGGCUCUGGGAUGAGACCACAGGGAGCCACUUCAUGCAAUGGGAUGUUUGUGGUUUAUCUGAAGAAACGUUUGCUGUUCACUCAGUUUUUACUUUUCCAGUUUUCUGUGGCCUACUAGAGUUUCCCUCAAUCCUUAUUACCUACCCCAUGCCUGGCAGCUGACGGUGGGAGUCCCAAAAUCUUCGCCAAACACAAGGCCUUUCUGAGCUAGCUGUGACAGCCUGGUGGCUCUCCUCGUGUUUGCCACCCCCAGGUUCUCCCCGAAGGCGUGGCAGGGGCACUGGCUGUACCCAGGGCCAGGAGACCUGUCCUGAAGUCAGGACUCGUUUGGGAGCCCCCGCCACACCGCCCGUGGCCUUUGGCUGUCCAGCCCCAGCUGGGUGUCAGCCGUGCCCCAGCACGCACUUUGCAGCACGUCACCACACUCCAGCCCGCCUGCAGAGCCACAGCCCCCGUGGGGAUGAACCUGCCUGCCCCCCCCCCCCCCAGUGUUAGCCUCCGUUCUCUGGGUGACACUCCGAUGGCUGUGGGUUCCCGGAGCUCACGCACACAGACCUCGGUGCAGGGGACAUGCUCCAUGUCUGGGCGCCCUCUGCCACCAGCCUCAGCUGAUUUCCAGAGAUGAAGCUGGAGAGGAGAUGAGGCUGAGUUGCCCAUCCUUGCUGUUUUCUCCGGGUCUGGAUCUGAGCGGGAUGGGUGCCUGAGGAGAGGCCAAACCAGCCCUCUGCUGCCAGGAGGCCCUCCCUGCCCAACCCCACCCCGCCACCGCCCCUUGGGUGCAGCCACAGGGUUUCUUCCCCUGCCUGGAAGGCAUGUUCCCCCACCUCCGCCCCUGCUCCCCACAGGAGGGCUCUGAGAGCCAUGAGCUGCCCACAAGUGUCCCCAGGUGCUGUCCGCCUGCUCAGCUGGUGACAGUCUCACCCCAGCCCACCAUAAGCUUCUAGAUCUCUGACCCAAUUCAUCAUCCAACAAGGGAGCCAGCUUCCACCUUGGCCCUGCAGCCCAGGGUACGUGGCUCCAUGGAGGGCCUGGGGCAGCGGCAAGGACAGACCUCAGGCAGGUGUGUGCCCGACACUGGCCCGGCGACUGCCCUAGGACCUGGCACAUAAAGGUCACCCGGCACACGGAGACCGGAAUGAUGGUUCCCUCAAGGCCAAGCCCAAGGCUCGUCUUUUGAGACGAGUUCUGGCAGGUCUUAGCCACACAGGGCAGCUAGGGAAUCACUCCUUCCUCUCUGAGCCAAGGGCACCCAGUUUCCAGUGCUCCUCCAGCCGGGGUGUGGAGUGGCUGGCAGGUCAGCGGCCACAGCGCCUUCACCAAGCGUAAGUCCCGGCGUGUCUGUGAAAUGAGCCUGUGUGUGUCCCCAUGUCCUGGAGGCAGCACCUGGGUCUCAGUCUCCUGGAGAAGUGGUCUGUCCUGGUGAUGGGGUAGGGGGAGAGAUGGGACAUCCUCAUCUGACAAGAUAGACAGUGGCCUCAAGACACGCCAGGACACCUGCAGAGAUGAGCCCCUGUCUGGGGACAGCAGUCCCAGAGGCAGCCGGCACCUUCCCCUCUGGGCUUGCUCCCCGGAGCGAAAGACUGCCCAGUGGCAGUCCUGUUCUUGCCUUAAAACUGGAGAGAGGAAUCUAGUAUUUGCACUUAGCGAAAGGUUUUAAAACAAGUGUGCACGACUAGUCACGUUGUAUAAAAACAGCAAAAAUGAUUAGUUUAUUACUUUUUUUUUCUGGUAGUAAAAAUACAUAAUUGUUUAAACUACUGUGUGUAAAAAGCUUGUAUCAUAUGUAACUUGUUUUUCUUGUAAAUAGAUGUUUGUGCAGA